AUUACAUCCGGUAUUGCAAGCUGGGAACAACAGUUUCACAAGAAACUAGCAAGUUGGCUCUCAUGGGAGCACAUGAGGAGGACUCUGUGCUGCUGCAGAUAUUGAAGAGGCCGGCACGUCUUCACCAAGAACAUGGAGAAGAUGUCACGGGUUACCACAGCUCUUGGCAGCAAUGCCAUCAGUGGCCGAACUAUGUUCUGCCACUUGGACGCUCCUGCCAAUGCCAUCAGUGUGUGCCGUGACGCCACUCAAGUGGUGGUAGCUGGCCGCAACAUCUUCAAGAUCUACGCACUGGAGGAGGAGCAGUUUGUGGAGAAGUUGAAUCUCCGCGUUGGUCGUAAACCCUCGCUCAACUUCAGCUGUGCAGAUGUUAUGUGGCACCAGAUGGAGGAGAACCUGCUGGCCACUGCCGCCACCAAUGGGGCGGUGGUUACCUGGAACCUGGGAAAACCCUCUCGUAACAAGCAGGACCAGCUGUUUACUGAGCACAAACGCACCGUCAACAAGGUGUGCUUCCACCCCACAGAGGUUUACAUGCUGCUAAGUGGCUCGCAGGAUGGCUUCAUGAAGUGCUUCGAUCUGCGCAAGAAGGAAUCUGUCAGCACUUUUUCAGGUCAGUCUGAAAGUGUAAGGGACGUCCAGUUCAGCAUGAAAGAUUAUUUCACAUUUGCUGCAUCCUUUGAAAACGGCAACGUCCAGCUGUGGGACAUCAGACGGCCGGACCGCUAUGAGCGAAUGUUCACCGCCCACACUGGCCCCGUGUUCUGCUGCGACUGGCACCCCGAUGACAGGGGGUGGCUGGCCACAGGAGGCCGAGACAAGAUGGUGAAGGUCUGGGACAUGACCACUAACAGGGCCAAAGAGAUCUACUGUGUCCAGACGAUCGCCUCAGUGGCACGAGUCAAGUGGCGGCCUGAGAGAAAGUUUCAUCUGGCCACUUGCUCCAUGAUGGUGGACCACAACAUCUAUGUGUGGGACAUUCGCAGACCUUUCAUUCCAUUCGCGACGUUUGAGGAACACAAAGAUGUGACCACGGGUAUUGUGUGGCGCCACCAACAUGACCCUCAUUUUCUACUCUCUGGUUCUAAGGACAGUACGCUCUACCAGCAUAUGUUCAAAGACGCCACCCGUCCUGUGGAUAAGGCCAACCCUGAGGGUCUGUGCUUUGGACUGUUUGGUGACUUGGCCUUUGCAGCCAAAGAGAGUCUGAUCAGCAGUGACGCCAACAGAAAGCCGUACCCUGGAGGCGACCGCCGCUACCCCAUCUUUUUCUUCAAGAAGCCAGACCCGACAGAACAGUUUGCUCAUGUGUCCAGUGCUCUUAGCGUCUUUGAGACAGACUUGGACAGUAACCGCAUGGACUGGUUUGUCAAGACAGCACAACUCUACCUCCUCAGUGGGAAGCCGUUUGCUGAGCUGUGUGAUCACAAUGCCAAGGUGGCCCGCGAGCUUAAAAGACCUCAGGUUUCCACAACAUGGACCAUGCUGAGAAUCAUGUUCUCUGACCCAGCAAACCUCACAGCGCCUGGUCCAAACCACAACCUCAGUAAACUGGGAACCUUGCCUUUAAUGAACAGUUUCAGCAUGAAGGAAAUGGGCUCAGGGUUGGGCACGGAGAGCAGACUGGAGCGCAGCAAAGGUGAGAGCCGGCAGGACAACAUCCACCUGGAGCCUGGAAACUUGCACAUCAGCAAUAAUAAUGAAGAAAAUGAGGAGACAGAGGGCAGUGAGGGUCAGGCUGAAUAUAUGUUUGGUGAUGCUGAGUUAGAUGAUGAUGACCUCUAUUCGAUGGAGCAUGACAACCCAACAGAAGAGCAGGAGUACACGCUGCCCCAGGAGGCCUUCCAGCUGCGCCACGAGAUCAUGGAUAACCCAUCUGCUCCGGAGCACCUUCAGCAGGACAAGGCUGACUCCCCACAUGUCAGCGGCAACGAGGCAGAGGUCACUUGUCUAACACCCAUCGAGUCCUUUUCUCUCAUCUCCAUUUCCCAGCCACUGUUCUGCCCACAUCUACCUGCCAGCUUCUUCUGCCCCAUUGUGCGAGAGAUGCUGAGCUACUACGCUGAACAGGGCGACGUGCAGAUGGCCGUUUCUGUGCUUAUCGUCUUGGGGGACCGGAUCCGUAAAGAGAUUGAUGACCUCACCCAGGAGCACUGGUACAUGUCCUACAUAGACCUGCUGCAGCGGUUUGAGUUGUGGAACGUGUCCAAUGAGGUCAUUAAGCUGAGUACGUGCAGCGCCAUCACCUGCCUGAACCAAGCGUCUACAACACUGCACAUCAACUGCAGCAACUGCAAGCGGCCAAUGAGCAACAAGGGCUGGAUCUGUGACAGGUGCCACCAGUGUGCCAGUGUAUGCGCGGUUUGCCACCACGUGGUGAAGGGACUGUUUGUGUGGUGUCAGGGCUGCAGCCAUGGUGGACAUCUGGAACACAUAAUGAACUGGCUGAAAAGCAGCACUCACUGCCCUGCUGGCUGUGGUCACCUGUGUGAGUACACUUGAGACCACGACACCCACAAUUCACACAGCUGGUCCUCUGUGGGAGUGGGAAACAGCCUUCACACAGGCCUGGAUCAUCACACACACCACAGACAAAUGAGAUGUCUUCAUCCCUCUACGAGGGUCUUACUUGAUUUAUCAAUGUGGAAAGAACGAUGUCGGUGUAUUUGAAGUGAGUCAAAGGUCUGAUCUACCGAGUCUGAAGGAGGAUUAGUUUUAUAUGUGCUCUCGUGGACAGUUCUUCACAAACACAAUCAUUCGCAUUGGCACUUGAAUUGGUUUUUGAACCAUUGGUGAAUUUGUAAAUGAGCAGAUGUUACCAUAGAUAUUCAAAGAAUUUAACAAUAUAUUUUUUGAAUUCAUAUUUGCUGCAUUUUACAUUGUUUUUAAACCCCUCAGCAAAACCUUGAAGGCUGUACAGCAUCAAUUGUUUGCUCAUCUUAAGUGAGCUGUUAAUGGUUGCACAUAAUGCCUAUAACUUAUUUUAAAUGACUGUAGAUAAUGUUGAGUGAAAUUAUAUGAGAAAUAGCUCUUUAUUCAGGCAGUACAUUAAAGCAAUACCUAUUGAAUUGAAA